AAAGAAAACAAGAUUUAAUAAUCAUAAGAAAAAAUUUAAGAAAUGAAAGGUAAUUAUCUUUCUUUGCUAGUAGUGCUCAUUGUCUUGGCUUCCAAUGAAGUUCUUGCCAACAACAACUCUUCAACACCUAAAUUAAGAAGAAGUGAUUUUCCUGAAGAUUUCAUUUUUGGGUCUGCAACCUCUGCUUACCAGGUCGAAGGAGGUGCUCAUGAAGAUGGUAGAGGACCAAGUAUCUGGGAUACCUUCUCUGAGAAAUACCCAGAGAAGAUAAAGGAUGGUAGCAAUGGGUCUGUUGCAGAUAAUUCUUACCAUCUUUACAAGGAAGAUGUGGCUUUGUUGCAUCAAAUUGGCUUCAACGCAUACAGAUUCUCAAUCUCAUGGUCGAGGAUCUUGCCUCGUGGGAAUCUAAGAGGAGGAAUCAACCAGGCUGGUAUUGACUAUUACAACAACUUGAUCAAUGCUCUUUUGUCCAAAGGAAUUAAGCCUUUUGCAACCAUGUUCCAUUGGGACACACCACAAGCCCUUGAAGAUGCUUAUGGCGGAUUCCGUGGUGCCGAGAUUGUGAACGAUUUCCGCGAUUAUGCGGAUAUUUGCUUCAAGAGUUUUGGAGAUAGAGUGAAGCAUUGGAUGACAUUGAACGAGCCAUUGACUGUGGUGCAACAAGGGUAUGUUGCAGGUGUAAUGGCUCCAGGAAGAUGCUCCAAAUUCACAAACCCUAAUUGCACCGGUGGAAAUGGAGCCACUGAGCCUUAUAUUGUUGGUCACAAUCUCAUCCUUGCUCACGGAGCCGCAGUCCAAGUCUACAGAGAAAAAUACAAGGCUUCUCAAAAAGGUCAAGUUGGUAUUGCUUUGAACGCGGGUUGGAACUUGCCGUAUACAGAAUCACCUGAGGAUAGAUUAGCUGCGGCACGAGCCAUGGCUUUCACAUUUGACUACUUUAUGGAGCCGCUUGUGACCGGUAAAUACCCCGCUGAUAUGGUCAACAACGUAAAAGGCGGUCGCUUACCUAUAUUCACUGCACAACAAUCUAAGAUGCUGAAAGGCUCAUAUGAUUUCAUUGGCAUCAACUAUUACUCCUCCACUUACGCAAAGGAUGUUCCCUGCUCCACCAAAGAUGUUACUAUGUUCUCUGAUCCUUGUGCUAGUGUCACAGGUGAAAGAGAUGGAGUUCCCAUCGGUCCAAAGGCUGCAUCAGAUUGGCUUUUAAUAUAUCCAAAGGGAAUUCGUGAUCUUGUCCUGUAUGCAAAAUACAAGUUCAAGGACCCUGUCAUGUACAUAACCGAAAACGGGAGAGAUGAAUUUAGUACCAAUAAAAUCUUCCUUCAAGAUGGUGACAGGAUCGAUUACUACGCUCGACAUCUCGAAAUGGUUCAAGACGCUAUCUCGGUUGGAGCCAACGUGAAGGGAUUUUUCGCAUGGUCGUUGCUAGACAAUUUCGAAUGGGCAAUGGGAUACACGGUCCGGUUUGGGCUGGUUUACGUGGAUUUCAAAGAUGGAUGUAAGAGAUAUCCCAAGAAAUCGGCUGAGUGGUUCAAGAAGUUAUUGAAUGAAAAGAAAAACAAUUGAUGAGAUAUGUAUAUUUCAUUAUAUUAGUUUCUCUGUUUACUCUGAGAGAUUUAUAUUUUUUUUUCUCCUUUGGAAAUAAUGAGAAAUGGUUUUA